GGAUGCUGCUAGCUCAACUGCAUGACUAUUCUCGAAGCUUUGUCUAUAUAAAUUAUCUAUAUUACUUCUAAUAUCAUACUGGGUGCAAUGGAAAUAAAUAUAAUAAUUUGUAGUGGAGAUUAGGCUAAACAAAACAAACCUCAAAACAUGUGUAUAGCUUGUGUGCGAUCCCAUUUAUGGACAGGUCAAAGGUCUUACAGAGGAUUGCUUUGUUGUGUGUGUCCGACACCGGUAAAUACAAGAACAUCAUUUUCCUAUUUUAUUCUCAAAAUGUUAACUUCCUCUCGUUCUGUUCGAGCUGAAACUCGGAGUCGGGCUAAAGAUGAAAUUAAACGUGUUAUGCAAGCGAUUGAUAGGGUUCGAAAAUGGGAAAAGAAAUGGGUUACCAUCAGAGAUACAACAUUGAAAGUUUACAAGUGGAUUCCAGUGCAGGAGACCAAAAGUAAAGAUGAAGAUGAAGUGAAACAGACUGAAGGAACUAGUGGCAGCUCAGAAAACAAAGAUGGAGGAGAAAAAGUUGCAGAUGGGAACCAGGCAUCUACCAGCCAGAUAGAGCGAGGAGACGACAUCGGAGACACCUCAACAUCCAACUCAAAUGAAUUACCGGGCAGCUCAGGAGCUAGCAUUAAUCAACCCAAGCAGACAUCUGAAUACAGCAAUAAAACAGAUGAGUCCUCCAAUGCUUCUGAUUCACAUAGGCAGGAACCAUUACGUCACAGGGAUGUCACAGCUCUUAUUGAUGAAGAGAGAAUGAAUGAUUAUCACAGAUCCCCAUCAAAUGUAAGCAUCGAUGAGUCGACAAUGGACUCACACGACUACUCGGACAAUGAUGAUACAAGCAGCAUUACUGGGCUUCAGAGUGAAGAUAAUGACAGUAGAAGUGCGUUUGAUGAUGAUACUACCAAUCAAUCAGCUAUGUCAGAUUCUAACAGUCAACCUCCAAUUCUGCGACCUGAAAGUCAGAUAAAAGAUGACACAGCUCACCUAAAAGAUGAUACAAAAGAAGUCCCUUUAGAAGCACCACAAAUUCAUUCAGAUUCGGCACAAAGAAUAUCAACUAUCAGACCAUCUGAGGAAAGCCUUGAUGAUGAACCUCCACUGAAGCGGCAGCACAUGUCACAGGAAGAUUCUUCAGUUAAUUGAACUAUUAUUCUUAUGGUUUGAUCUGUGUACUAAGGAUGUGAACAGACACAAAGCAAACAUUGAGAGGCCCCAAGGGAAGAACUCUCCCAGUCCUUCUCUGGACAACCAUGGUUAUCUAAGGUUGAACAGAUGGAGAGUCAGUAAUUCUGUGAUUGUCAGUGCACUGUCUGCUAGAUGGGUUUGAGGUUAUGGGUCUCUCAUUAAUGUACCGAUUCCAAGAUAUAGAGUAGUCUUUUAGCAGACCUGGACGGUUAGAUAUUGACUGGACGACAGAGUGCAUCAUUUGACACUUCUGCUUUGGUAACACAGUACAGUAGUACCAGUAUUUACUUUAAUAAAUUCCAUUUAAUGUCCAUAUAGGGCAGUGUUUAUUUUGUGCACAUCAACAAAAAAGUUCAUCUUCAUCUGAACUUACAUUGUCUACCUUCAUACAGAAGAAAGAAGAUCUGUAAUCAUAUUUUUUUAAUUUGAAGAUGUUUUUCCGAAGAAUGCUCAGUUUAAGGAUGAUGCUUAGUUCAGUAGUUAAAGUGCUGUUGAAUUUAUUAAACAUCUACAGUACAGUAUUAGAGUUCUUAUUACAGUUUUUUUUUUUUUAAUUCAGUAUUGAAGUUGUGUAAUCAGUUGAUUUUGUCCUUUUUAAAAUUUAACUAAAAAACAAUUCUUAUGGAUGUGAUUAGCAACAAGGUAAACAUAAUUAUCCUCCAAUAAUGUACAUAAACCUCGUAUGAGUAUAUUCGCACAGCGUUGGUCAAA